GCCACAUGUCUGAUCCAAUAGGAAUGAGAUGGAAUCUAUGCCAGCUUGUCUUCAACCUUUCUUUCCAUGAAUUAACUACUGUAAUAAGAAAGAGAGUAUGAUUCUCAGUAUGACAAUGAAGAUCCCAGUCUCCUCCUAUUCCUUUUGACCAAAUACCCUUUCUCUCUCCUUCUUUGCAUCAGUUUCAGACCUUAUAUAAAUCAGAUCCUUCCUCACUCCUUCUCUGCACGCAAGCUGUUCGACAAAACGUCUGAACAACAACGAAGCAAAACAACCCUCUUCGCUGUCUUGUCCCUGAUUCAACCCAUCUUAUGUAAUUUCGUGUUUCAUCUUCAUGUUCAUAGCAAUGUACAUUCAAGCCCAUCGCUAAUUCUGUUCUCGACCCACCUUACAUUUCAUUCCUGACAAAAUAAUUAAAAGGGAGACCAUGGAUGAAUCUUUCGUCCCUUUUCGUGGAAUAAAAAACGAUCUUAAAGGAAGACUACAGUGCUAUAAACAAGAUUGGACUGGUGGGAUCAAAGCUGGUUUCAGGAUUUUGGCUCCAACAACCUAUAUAUUCUUUGCCUCAGCAAUUCCAGUCAUUUCAUUUGGAGAACAGCUUGAGAGAAAUACUGGUAAGUUUCAAUUUCUUCAAAGAUUUCCUCAUAGUCAAUGCUCAAUCUUUAUGUGUUUUUUUUUUGUAGAUGGAGUACUUACAGCAGUGCAAACCUUGGCAUCAACCGCGAUUUGUGGUAUCAUUCACUCUAUCAUUGGAGGUCAGCCUUUACUUAUCUUGGGAGUUGCUGAGCCAACUGUCAUAAUGUACACGUUCAUGUUCAAUUUCGCGAAAGAGAGGCAAGAUCUGGGUCGCGGCCUAUUUCUUGCAUGGACCGGAUGGGUGUGUGUUUGGACAUCAAUCCUGUUGUUCUUAUUGGCUAUCUUAGGAGCUUGCUCCAUUAUAAACCGAUUUACCCGUUUGGCUGGAGAAUUAUUUGGUUUGCUUAUUGCUAUGCUCUUCAUGCAACAAGCCAUCAAGGGACUCAUAGACGAAUUUCUUAUACCAAAACGUGAAGAUCCAAGUUUAACUGAAUUCAUACCUUCAUGGAGAUUUGCAAAUGGUUUGUUUGCUUUGGUAUUAUCCUUUGGUCUUCUUUUGACAGCAUUAAGAAGCCGAAAAGCAAGAUCGUGGCGAUAUGGAACAGGUUGGCUUAGAAGUCUUAUAGCAGAUUAUGGAGUUCCUAUAAUGGUCCUUGUUUGGACAGCCAUUUCUUACAUACCAUCGGGGUCUAUUCCGAAAGGGAUUCCUCGAAGGCUUGUCAGCCCGAAUCCAUGGUCUCCUGGUGCAUACCAGAAUUGGACCGUAAUCAAGGAUAUGCUGGAUGUGCCGGUUAUUUACAUUCUUGGAGCAUUCGUUCCGGCUACAAUGAUUGCGGUUCUUUACUAUUUCGACCACAGUGUGGCUUCCCAACUUGCACAGCAGAAGGAAUUCAAUCUGAGAAAACCUCCUUCUUUCCAUUAUGAUUUGCUUCUUCUUGGUUUCUUGACUUUAAUGUGUGGAUUGCUCGGAAUCCCUCCAGCAAACGGAGUGAUUCCACAGUCUCCGAUGCAUACAAAGAGUCUGGCCACUCUCAAACACCAGUUGCUUCGUAACCGUCUUGUUGGGACAGCAAAGAAGAGCAUGGCAAAGAACUCAAGCUUGGGACAAUUGUAUGGGAAUAUGCAAGAAGCUUAUCAGCAAAUGCAAACUCCUCUUAUCUACCAGCAGCAAUCAUCCGCAGGAGGGUUAAAGGAAUUGAAGGAGUCAACCAUCCAGUUAGCUACAAGCAUGGGGAAUAUCGAUGCUCCUGUUGAUGAAACCAUCUUCGAUGUGGAUAAAGAGAUCGAUGAAUUACUGCCUGUCGAGGUAAAAGAACAACGUGUAAGCAAUUUGCUUCAAGCUGCAAUGGUUGGAGCUUGUGUUGCCGCCAUGCCUCUCCUUAAAAUGAUUCCCACUUCGGUUCUUUGGGGAUACUUCGCUUUCAUGGCAAUCGAAAGCUUGCCCGGAAACCAAUUUUGGGAAAGGAUUUUGUUACUCUUCACUUCCCCGGGCAGACGAUACAAGGUUCUUGAGGAAUACCACGCCACCUUCGUGGAGACUGUUCCUUUCAAGACUAUUGCGUUGUUUACCUUAUUUCAAACGGCGUACUUGCUUGUUUGUUUUGGGAUAACAUGGGUGCCAAUUGCCGGGGUUUUGUUUCCUCUUAUGAUCAUGCUCCUAGUACCUGUCAGACAGUACAUAAUGCCUAAGUUAUUCAAGGGAGCGUUUCUUCAGGAUCUAGACGCGUCUGAAUUCGAAGAAUCCCCGGCUUUGCCUUUCGAAGUUGCAACGGAAGUAGAGACACUUGGUGGAACUAGAGUUACUUAUGCUGACGAUGGAGAGAUUAUGAAUGAGAUGAUAACAAGAAGCCGAGGCGAGAUUAGGCGGAUAAAUAGUCCGAAAGUGACGAGUUCUUCUUCGACACCAGCUCAAGACUUAAAGAGUCCAAGAAUGUCGGAAAGAGCAUACAGUCCUCGGAUUAAUGAGUUACGAGCCAUAAAAAGCCCAAGAACCGGAGAAGUGAGAUCGUCUAACCUGGGAAAGAGUAAGUCAGAAAUUUGAUUUUGGUGUUGCUAUGGUUGUUGUUGCUGUUGUUUUGAUGUAAAAUGAAAUCCUUAUUUUAAUAAGCUGUAAUUUUGCUUGUGUAAUAUUAAUAGCUAGGUUUCUUCCUUAGAGU